UCCCUCCUUUUUCCACUACACUUUUCUCCCUCUCCUCUAUCUUUCUCCAUCUCUUUGUCGCCAUUAUUCAAACUUCCACUGCAAGAUUCACUCUCAAUCAACAAAACCGCUCACUGAUUCUCCUCCAUAUCCACACUUCCAAAGAUCUUCACCAGGUUCUCACUCUCCAUCUACCGCCGCCAAUUCAAGUUUUGCACACUGAUGUUUUCCCCCCUCUCUAGCUUCCUAGGGCAUUGUUUCUUCAAUCGUAUUUGACUUGCCGAUGGAAAUUGAUUAUUCCCGCCAACCGUUCCUAGGUGUUCACUUUGUUCUCUUUGGGUUCAAUAUUGUUGAUGAGAAACAGGUUCGGUCUAAGCUAAUUGAUGGCGGAGGGGUUGAUGUUGGUCAGUAUGGACCGAGUUGUAGUCAUGUGAUCGUGGACAAGAAUAAGAUUGUUUAUGACGAUCCGGUUUGUGUUGCUGCUCGAAAUGAUGGCAAGUUGCUUGUCACGGGGUUAUGGGUUGAUCAUAGAUAUGAUUCUGGGUUGCUUGCUGAUGCUACUUCGGUAUUGUACAGACCGUUAAGGGAACUGAAUGGAAUCCCAGGGGCUAAAAGUUUGGUAAUGUGCUUGACUGGGUACCAGCGACAGGAUAGAGAUGAUGUUAUGACAAUGGUUGGCUUGAUAGGUGCUCAAUUCUCUAAGCCAUUGGUGGCAAACAAGGUUACCCACCUCAUAUGUUACAAAUUUGAAGGGGACAAAUAUGAGCUUGCUAAAAGACUGAGGACCAUCAAGCUUGUCAAUCAUCGUUGGCUGGAAGACAGCUUGAGAGAAUGGAUGUUACUUCCAGAAUCUAAUUACAACAUAAGUGGAUAUGACAUGGAGAUGCUUGAAGCUGAGGCUAAGGAUUCUGAAGAGGAAUCUAACAGCGGCAUCACCAAACAUUUUGCAAUGAGAAACACCAAGAGUCCUGACAAAAUGAAAUUUGGUUUACAUUCAACCAGUGUAAUAUCUAAUACAGUGCCAGCUUCAAAGACAUUGGAUGAGCGCACAAGCUUUUCUGAUACUAAGAGCAUGUUGACAGUUCCUACUACCAACACUGAAUUUAUUCCUUCUGGAAAGUUUGAUAAGUAUGAUGAGGUCAGAGGACCAAUUUGUCAGGAAGUUGAUGUUUUUAGUACUCCUUGGGAUUCCGUGCCAUUUAACAUGCAUACGACAACUUCUGAAUCUGAGAAGCAGAAGGUGAAAAAUGAGGCGGUGACAAGUCCAUCAAAUGCAGCGAGGUCCCCGCAACUGUGUGCUACCAGUUACUCUAGGAGAACCCCAUUGAAGUCGCCACUUCCACUGUUUUCUGGAGAAAGAUUGGAAAGAGCUGAUGCCUCUUGUAAAAUUGCAACAGGUGAAAUAAAAGAUGCUAUUGGUGUUGAUGUGUCGUUAGAAAAGAUGGAGCAAGUAACUUAUGCUACUUUCUCUGGCCAUGAACAAAAUUCUUCGAAGGGAACUGAUUUAUUUGGUACAGGAGAUUCAAAUGCUGGAUUGCCACUGAAAAAAAAUUCAGAUGUAUCUUAUGACGUCCCUCGAUCUCAUUCGAUGAGUGAGAACACAAAAUCAUGCACCUUGAAUAACCCCUCCACAGAUGAAAAAGUUUUAGGAUUGGAAAUGAGUCGUGUUUCUUUAAACCAUGAUGAUUCUGAUAAGCGUCGUGCUAAGACCUUGCAGCAUAGUAGGGGCAGUACUGACACCUCUAGUCCUAUUAAGAAACCAUUGAUAUGUGACCUACCUUUCGGCAACAGUGUUCGCUCUCCAACUGAAGAUGUUGCUGGAGGCAGCUUGAAGACUCCUCGAACUCCCUUCCAGAUAUCAGGAAAAGACCUCUCACCUGACAAGCCCAACAAGCCAAUUCAUGAUUGUGAAAUUUCUGGAGAUUUGGUUGGAAAAACUAAAGAAACAGAUAGGCAGCAGAAUGGUGUUUUGGCUGCACCUGAAAGUGAUAGUGGUACCAAGGUUACGAAAACGAAAUCAGCCUCGCCCAGUAGUUUGAAUUCUUCUGUUCUUCAAAAUAAUAAUUUGCAAUCCAAACCACAAAGAAUCAAGAUGUUUGCCAAAAAGAGCUUGGGUUCGAGACCAAAGUUGGGCAGUGGCAGUCACAGGGGUUCUAUUCUCUCGAGUAAAACCACUUCCUUGAACGAUUCAGUUUCUUCAUCUUGUGGGAAUGGUGAAAAACUCUUUAGCUCAUCACCUCAGGAUGUCAGUAUUGGAGUGAAAAAGGUUGUGAAGACAGCAGAUAAGGGGGACUUUUCUCAUAAAUAUGAAGUCAUGGAUGAAGAUGACAAAACUUCUGAUCCAGAAAAUAAAGAAGAUUUUGAGCAUCGAAUGAUGGAUACGGAAAAUUUUAAGGAAGUUCCACAAAUAAGUGAUGGUGAAAAGGUUGCAAAAGAGAUUGCAUCUGGAGUGAAACGUAACAGUAGUGCUAGUGUGCUUAAUGAUACGAUUCCUUCAGGUACGCUAAAAGAAGUGAUUGAACGCAAAGCACCCCUUUCCAUCGGAAAUGUACAGCUGGAUGAAUUAAGACUAGAAGAUGAGAAAUCAAAAUUGAAUGUGGGGGAUAGAGGUCCAACAGAGGAAAAAAUGUUGAUAAAUUCUUCUAAAGCGAAAUCAAAACAAGGCAAGGUUUGUAAGGCACCUGCCCGUGAGAAAAAUGGGAAGACUGGGAAGAAACCUCAGUUGGUUGCUGCAGGGCUUAAUACUGAAGUCCAUACAAUACACGAUUAUAUUUCAGAGAAGGUAAAUGUACCAUGCGAAGCCAUGGAUGAAGAUGACAAAACCUUUGAUGUAGAAAAUAAAGAAGCAGAUUUUGAGCAGCAAAUGAUGGAUAUGGAGAAUUUUAAUGGAGUUCCGCUGAUGAUUGAUGAUGAUAAGCUAGAGAAAGAGAUUGCAUCUGGAGUGAAAUGUAACAAUAGCUCUAGAGUGCUUGAUGAUACGAUUCCUUCAGGUACACUGGAAGAAGUGAUUGAGCCCAAAGCUCCAGUUUCCAUCGGAAAUGUACAGCUGGAUGAAUUAAGUCUAGAAGAUGAGCAAUCAAAAUUGAAUGUGGGGGAUAGAAGUCCAACGGAGGAAAAAAUGUUGAAAAACUCUAAAGAAAAAUCUAAACAAGGUAAGGUUUGUAAAGCACCUUCCCGUAAGAAAAAUGUGAAGACUGGGAAGAAACCUCAGUUGGUUGCUGCAGGGCUUAAUACUGAAGUCCAUACAAUACCCGAUCAUAAGUCAGAGAAGGAAAAUGUACCAUGUGAUGUUGGUGACAAAAAUAGUCAUAUUGUCAAGCAUUUUGACAAAAUUACAGUUAAGUCUAAUACAAAGCAAAGAAAGGUCACUAAAAAAUCUUCUGAGAUCAGUGCCAAUUCUUCCAUGGAAAUUGAGGAAGUUUUGAGUGAAGUAAAACCUGAACCUAUGUGUUUUAUCUUGAGUGGACAUCGUCUUGAAAGGAAGGAGUUUCAGAAAGUAAUAAAGCAUUUGAGAGGAAGGGUUUGUAGAGACUCUCAUCAAUGGUCAUAUCAGGCUACACAUUUCAUAGCCCCCGAUCCAGUCCGUAGAACUGAAAAGUUUUUUUCGGCUGCAGCAUCUGGAAGGUGGAUUCUCAAAUCUGAUUAUCUAACAGAUAGUAGUCAGGCUGGAAAACUCUUGGAUGUGGAGCCUUAUGAAUGGUACAAAAAAGGCCUCACUGAAGACGGUGCAAUCAAUUUGGAAGCUCCUAGGAAAUGGCGGCUCUUGAGGGAGAAAACAGGUCAUGGUGCGUUCUAUGGAAUGCGUAUUAUCAUAUACGGGGAAUGUAUUGCUCCACCUCUGGAUACUCUCAAGCGUGCUGUGAAGGCUGGAGAUGGAACAAUACUAGCCACAUCUCCACCUUAUACUAAAUUCCUCAAGUCUGGAGUUGAUUUUGCUGUCGUUGGUCCUGGCAUGCCACGUGCUGAUACAUGGGUACAAGAGUUCUUAAACAAUGAGAUACCCUGUGUAGCGGCUGAUUACUUGGUUGAGUAUGUGUGCAAACCUGGUUAUCCUCUUGAUAAACAUGUUUUGUACAAUACUCAUGCGUGGGCGGAAAGAUCUUUUAGCAACCUUCAGAGUAAAGCAGAAGAAGUUGCUGAAGACUUAAGCUCACAGGAUGAUUGUUCUGAUAAUGAUAUAGCCUGCCAAGAAUGCGGAUCCCGCGAUAGAGGUGAAGUUAUGCUCAUUUGCGGUAAUGAAGAUGGUUCUAGUGGUUGCGGAAUUGGCAUGCAUACAGAUUGCUGCAAUCCUCCAUUACUGGAUAUUCCAGAGGGUGAUUGGUUUUGUUCAGACUGUAUUAACAGUAGAAACAGCAAUUCUUCGAAUAAAAGGAAAAAGGGAGUCUCAGUUAAGAGAAAGUGAUAUUUGAUUUUGCAUAAUAAUUUUAAUUAUCGGGAAAGUUAUUUUAGUUUAAAUCUUGUAUAUUUUCAUCUUGCUUAAACAAAUGAAGUUGAUUGUAUUAUUCCAGGUCUUUUAGAUGCCUCAGGGAAUUUACUCAAUUGAUGAUCUGCUGGGGUUUGAAUCAUUUUCUCCACUCA